GCUGAAAACCAUUGUGAUGAAACACUCCUCGCCAUUCUGAUGUAGCAGUGGAAGUCGUCUUUCGCGCGUGUCCGGCCGGCCCGCCCGCCCGCUCGCCCGCUGUGUUCCUUCUUAGUUCGUUCCGCUGUUAGGAGGAUUCGGUUCGGCGGCACCAAGCAGAGUGUUGUGAUAUUCGGCGCCACCGAGCAAAGUGCAGUGAAAGGCGAAAGGGCAAAUCGCAAAAGUGUAGUGGCGGGGCGACGGUGUCUCUGGUUGGUUGUGGUGAAAAGACAGAAGGAAACAGACGCGCGCGCACGUCUCGUCCGUCAGAUCGCCAACAACACCGCGCCUGCUCGCCCGCCUGCCUGCUUGCCUGGCUGAUAAGCAGACGUCGUGCGCGACGUUAUAUACGUUAUCGGAUCGCAAUGGCGGCCGCUGUGUCUCAGGGGAUCUCCUCGCAGGUCUUCUCCAUCGCCGCUCGACAAGAUCAGAGCGCCGUCCUUGCCUCUACUUCGUCGUCGUCCGAUUGCGCCGCCACCCUUGUCAUUCCGCGCUUCACGGGCUUACAGAAAAGUAGCACUUCAGCGAUCGCGGCAGGGCGACACGUGUCUCAUCGGGAGGGCUUCUCGAAACAGGCGCAGAGGCUUUCGCGCCGUACUCGUGCAGGAGGAGCGGUGACGGUGGAGAUGGUGGUCGCAGUUCCUUCCGCCAACAAGGUCGAGUCCGACUUCGAGACGAAAGUCUUUAAGAAGGAGAAGAUCACUUUGGCAGGCAAUGAUGAGUACAUUGUGCGGGGAGGACGGGAUCUGUUCCACUUGCUGUCCAAGGCAUUCCAGGGUAUCAAGAAGAUUGGCGUGAUUGGCUGGGGUUCACAGGGACCAGCUCAGUCGCAGAACCUGAGGGAUUCUUUGGAGGCUGCGAACUCCGACAUCGUUGUCAAGGUUGGGCUGAGGACCAAUUCCAAAUCGCGAGUGGAGGCACGGAAUGCAGGUUUCACAGAGGAGAAUGGAACCCUCGGAGACGUGCUAGAAGUAGUUAAAGAGAGUGAUCUUGUUCUGCUGCUCAUAUCUGAUGCUGCACAGGCGGAUGAAUAUGAAAGUAUCCUUGGCGCGAUGAAGCCAGGCUCAUGCUUGGGAUUGUCCCAUGGUUUUCUCCUGGGACACAUGAAGUCUGUCGGAGACGACUUCCGGAAAGACAUCAGUGUCGUUGCCGUGUGCCCGAAGGGAAUGGGUCCUUCCGUGCGAAGGUUGUAUGAGCAGGGGAAGGAGGUGAACGGCGCUGGAAUUAAUGCCAGUUUUGCAGUCCAUCAGGAUGUGGAUGGGAGGGCGACAGAUAUUGCCCUUGGCUGGUCGGUUGCAUUGGGAUCUCCAUUUACUUUCCGGACGACUCUAGAGUCCGAGUACAAGAGUGACAUCUAUGGCGAGAGAGGCAUUCUCCUUGGGGCUGUUCAUGGUGUUGUCGAGGCGUUGUUCCGACGAUACACGGAACAGGGCAUGUCAGAUGAGGAUGCAUUCAUGAUGAUCUUUUGGUUGCUGAGCAUUCUCCUUGGGGCUGUUCAUGGUGUUGUCGAGGCGUUGUUCCGACGAUACACGGAACAGGGCAUGUCAGAUGAGGAUGCAUUCACCAACAGUGUUGAAAGCAUCACGGGUGUCAUCUCGCAAACCAUCUCUAGGAAGGGGAUGCUUGCUGUCUACGAGUCCCUGAGUAAGGAAGGAAAGCGCGAGUUUGAAGCAGCCUAUAGCGCAUCAUAUCUUCCCGCUAUGGACAUUCUCUAUGAGUGCUACGAGGAUGUUGAGAGUGGUAAUGAGAUCAGGAGUGUUGUUCUUGCAGGGCGCCGGUUCCGGGAGAAGGAGGGCCUCCCAGCCUUCCCCAUGGGCAAGAUUGAUCAGACGAAGAUGUGGAAGGUUGGUGAGAAAGUGCGGGCUGCACGGAAGGAAGGAGCCUUGGGACCUCUGAAUCCAUUCACUGCUGGUGUUUACAUUGCAGUAAUGAUGGCUCAGAUCGAGGUGCUGAAGAAGAAGGGUCACUUGUACUCGGAGAUCGUGAAUGAGAGUCUGAUUGAGGCUGUCGAUUCGCUGAAUCCGUACAUGCAUGCAAAAGGCGUUGCGUACAUGAUUGACAACUGCUCAACAACUGCGCGCCUGGGGGCAAGGAAGUGGGCGCCACGGUUCGACUACAAUCUAACCCAGCAGGGUCGCAAGGACAUGGUGGUGGAUCAGAUCGCUCUUUUUUCCUGACAUCGUGCGGAUGUAUGUCAAGAGAGGAUGAACUGCAGUGCACUGCAAAUGAGUGUGGAGAGUGUUUUUGAGGCGAAGAGAGUUGCGUGAGGUGUGCGAGGAGCGCAUCGAGUGAAAGAAAGCCAUUUUGACUAGAGAUUUUUGCUCUUCAGCCAUUUUGACUAGAGAUUUUUGCUCUUCAGUCCAGGUGAUUGGAUGUGCUGUUUUGGGGAGUUGUUGCCCUUGCUCCCCAUUGAGAAGGCAAGGAAGAUGAUGUUUAUUUGCUUUCCGCCAAUUAGCGGAUCUGCAGGCUAGGUUGCUUUCUUUUCGGCUGGCAGGCUACCAGGUAGACCUCGUGAGCCAUUUGCGGGGCUGAUCGGGGAGGGUCAUUUUUGGAGAAAGGGGACUUUUUCUUGUGUCUAGAUUUCCGUUGGGCAAAUUUGAAUACAUACAGCAAUGCUUCUAUGUGGUCAGCAUGAUCACUGCAGUUGUACUUGGACAUGAAGCUUUCAAAUUGCGGCAUGUGCAUAUUCGUCC